AAAAUACUCUUUUAAGUGGCAAAUGCGUAGACACAACGAUGUAGUACAAGGGAAAGAGCUUUUCAGGCCAAUGACAUCUGUACUCCUCUUUCUAUCCCGCCCACUGAAUGGCAAGGUUUCACUGGCCAAUCAGAACAUUGAAAUUUUACUAACCCUUUGCCCUACGCCCAUCCCCUCGGUGAACUAAUUUGGGGGGAAAAAAAAAAAUCCUACCCGCGCUGUGGUUUUCAAUGAGGUCCGCAGAGCUACUAUUUAAGAGCUCCAGUUUGUUGCUCGGCCUGUAGUUAGAAUCAUGUCUGGCCGGGGUAAGGGAGGUAAGGGUCUUGGUAAGGGUGGCGCCAAGCGUCACCGCAAGGUGCUGCGCGACAACAUCCAGGGCAUCACCAAGCCCGCCAUCCGCCGCCUGGCCCGGCGCGGCGGCGUCAAGCGCAUCUCCGGACUCAUCUACGAGGAGACGCGCGGGGUGCUCAAGGUCUUCCUGGAGAACGUCAUCCGCGACGCCGUCACCUACACGGAGCACGCCAAGCGCAAGACGGUCACCGCCAUGGACGUGGUCUAUGCGCUCAAGCGCCAGGGGCGCACGCUGUAUGGCUUUGGUGGCUAAUAUCAUUACUUAAAAACGUAACCCC